UGUUGAAAAAUUUAAAUUGACUCUUGAAUCUUGAUUAUUGGAAAAUCAACAAUUCUGAUAUUUGAUAAAUGUGUAAGUUCAAAAUUGUUGAUUUUUAGUUGGAAACCCAUUUCCAUUGCACGAAAUUCCCUGCACUUCUGCCAAUAUAUAAUUGCUUCCGUGUUCGCAAUUAUAGCGCAAAUCCGCGCAAUUCCACGCAACGGAACUUCGAUUGGAAACCCUACUUUAAACCUGCUGGGAACCAUAUAUUGCCCUGAUCCAGGAGGGACUGAGUCCCAAUACUCCCCCCCCCCUGUAUAUCAAAGGUUUUAAAGAAUAAGAAUGAGAAAAUAAGAGUUUUCGGUGUAUAGGAUUCUGUAUUGGUUGUAUAGGAGCAGACUGGGUACACCAAACAGUUAGAGACACUAAACCUCCAGAUGAAGGAGAUGCAGAGAUGUCUUAUUGAAACACGGUCCCGUAAUCUGUACCUGGAGAAUCUUGUAGAACAGCAGCGCAAGAAACUGGAACAAAUUGAAGAAAUGACUGAAAGAGCUGAAAAGCAAAAAACUGAACGUUCAAAAGAAGAUCUUCAUAAACAAGUUGUCCACGAUCUAGAUAAAGCUUCUUCUGAUCCUGAUCCACCAGAGGUUCUCAAAAAACUAACAGAAGCCGAAGAGAUGUUAAUAAGGCUGAGAGAAGAGAAUGUAAACCAGAGAGAGGAGUUAGAUCAACUCAAGAGUUUUGUACUUAAGGAGAUGCGUAUGAAGUAUAAAGGCUGUAAUCAUCCCACCAAGCUGAGACUGAGUCAGGGCUCCAGGUCUACCUCUAUAACAAGACUUGAUAUUUCACAGGGUUUCCCACCUCUUAAACCUAUUACUGUGACACCAAGAAGAACCAGUAGAUCCAUGAAUAGAGGUGAGGGAUCACAGAGAGACAUAUUCAACUCUUCUUUUUCAAAGCAAAGGAUUCAUGCAUCAUUGCCUUCCCUUCAGCUUUCAAGAAGAGGAACCCCUGCUCAUAGAUGAUUCAUUGAUUGAUUGAUAGAACAUUUACUCAUAGAUGAUUCAUUGAUUGAUUGAUAGAACAUUUACUCAGCUAGAAUUUAGUUGCAAUAACUAGAGUUCGGAACAGCUGGAGAAGAUAUCGCUAAUUUGAAACGCUUUUAGAUGAUGAAUUGAAUCAUAAAAACAGCUAUUUUAUAUUUUAACAAUCUUUUUUGGCCUUUGAAGUUCUGAUUUUUCAGACCUAUAGCUUGAUAUUCAAAAAGAAUUAAUUAACUUAAAUCAUCUUUCUUUAAGUUUUUUCCCAAGGGAUUAACAGCAAAAAAGUUAAAAUAAAAUUAGAGUUAAUUCAUUUGUUUUUUAUCUGAGGUCGGAAUUGUUGUGUGGAGUAUCAUUGAUCUUGAGCGCUUCAUCAAACAUGAGAAGAGAUGAUGAUGAGAGAUGGAUGAAAAUCAAUGCUUAAUCCCAAGAUUCCCAAAGUUCUGAUACCACAUUUGCAUUAAAGUAUGAAAUUGAACCCUUUUCUUAAAAAGUAUUUAAUUUUGUAAAAAUUGUGAAAUGCCCAAAACAUUAUUUAUACUUUUGCUAUGCGUUAAAAUGUUUCUGCUUGAUGUGCCUUGAAGUAGACCUGAAUGAAAAUCAACUGUUUGUUACAGAUUUGAUUUUUCUUCCUUAAUAAUAACUAGCUGAAGUGCUCAGCAUUGCCCGUAAAAUAAAAGAAAAGAAAAAAUUAAAAUUUUACAGAAAAAAAUGA